UUUGAUCGCAAAAAAAUGCACGUUAACAUCAUGACGAAAAUAUUAUCUUCUCUAUUGCUAGUAGCUUUAUUACACCUAUGUGGCGGGUACAAGAUUUUGGUUGUCUUCCCGUUUGCUGGAAGAAGCCAUGGCAUACUUGGGUCCGGCUAUGUAAGACACCUGUUGGAAGCUGGACAUGAGGUUACCUACGCUACCCCGUUCCCAACGCACAAAACUACGGAUAAGUAUCAUGAAGUGGACCUUAGCCAAAAUAACGAGAUUAUGGAAAAAGAAGCUAGUAAAAUAAUGAAUUUGAAGUCCAUCCUCAACAAGGAAGCGAAUAUGGAUGUUUUAUCCGUAGUACCUCAGUUCACUAAAAUGGUUAGGACCUUGUUUGAUACGAAAGACCUCGUGGAUUUCCUGAGCGACACUACACAGGAGUUUGAUGCUGUCAUUGUGGAGUGGCUUUUCAGCGAUGUCUUUGCUGGGAUAGCGCCUCUAUUUAACUGUCCACUGAUCUGGUCAUCUUCCAUGGAGCCUCACUGGAUAGUGCUGCAGCUGGUGCACGAGAUUCCUAACCCCGCGUUCAACCCGAACAUUAUGGCUUCCUCAAUUCCACCUUUCUCCUUCUCCGAACGACUUGUCAAUCUACUGACCGUGUUUGGGUUUAAGGCUGCAAAAUAUUUAUACAUAGAGGGUAAAGAGAAAGAAUUAUACGAAGAAUUCUUCACACCUCUGUACGAAAAACGGGGUAGGCAGCUGCCUCCAUACGAGGAAGUAUUGUAUAACGGCACCUUUAUGCUCACAAACUCCCACACUGCGUUGAGCCAGCCCAUCAGUGUACCGCCGAAUGUCAGAGAAAUUGGAGGAUAUCACAUCAAUCCUAAUACCAAACCCCUUCCAGCAAAUCUUCAAAAGAUAAUGGACGAGGCAAAACACGGAGUAAUAUACUUCAGUAUGGGAACUAAUGCCAAGAGCAAAGACUGGCCAGAAUCAUCGAAAAAAGAUUUCUUGGAAUUGUUUGGUGGAUUGAAGCAAACUGUGCUAUGGAAAUUUGAAGAACAAUUACCAAAUUUACCUAAAAAUGUUCAUAUUUUGAAUUGGGCGCCACAACAAAGCAUUCUUGCUCACCCUAACAUCCGCCUUUUCAUCACUCACGGCGGCCUGUUGUCCACCACUGAGACCGUCUUCUUCGGAGUCCCCACGAUCGUCAUGCCCUACGGGGCUGACCAGCGCCUCAACGCGAUGAGAGCUGUAAAGAAAGGCUACGCGAAGUUGGUCGACCUGUCCUACGAAAUGGCUGCUGACAUGAAGGCUGCCAUAGAAGAAAUGAUAAAUAAUCCUAAGUACUCAAAGAAAGCCAAAGAACUUUCUCAGAUCUAUCACGACCGGCCGGUGGCGCCGGGCGCGGAGCUGGUGCACUGGGUGGAGCACGUGGUGCGCACGCGCGGAGCGCCGCAUCUGCGCUCCCCCGCGCUCAUGUUGCCCUGGUACCAGAAGAUGUAUUUAGAUCUAUUAGCAAUCAUUUUAGUAACUCUAUAUGUUAUUAAAGUAGUACUGAAAUUAUUAUUUAGAAAAGUAUUCGGAAAAGUGCCUAUUAAUAAAAAGAAAAUAAACCAUUUACCAAAUUGUGUGCGAAAUGCAAAGAUAUUUUUGUCUGAGGUGUACCUGAUAAUCUUCUGCAGCGGCGGCGACUACGGCGUGGUAGGCCCCGUGAGCAGCGGCCUGCGCCAGCAUCAGGUCGCCUCUGAGCAGCGCCAGCUGAUGAUUACGACCAUGGCAAAACUAUUUCUAUCUUCUCUAUUGCUGGUAGCUUUAUUACACCUAUGUGGCGGCUACAAGAUUCUAGUGGUUUUCCCGCUACCUGUAAAAAGCCACAACAUACUUGGCACCGGCUACGUCAAACACCUGCUGGAAGCUGGACAUGAGGUUACCUACGCAACCCCGUUCCCAACGCACAAAACAACGGAUAAGUAUCAUGAAGUUGAUCUUAGCAAAAGUAUAGAGUCUUUUCAAAAACAAACUACUACCAUGUUAGAUUUAAAGGCAAUAUUGAACAAGGAAACAUCAUCGGAUGUAUUAUCCAUGGUACCCAAGUUUGUUGAGAUGACAAAGACCGUGCUCUUGAACGAAAAUCUCGCGAAAUUCCUCAGUGACACUACGCAGGUGUUUGAUGUUGUCAUAGCAGAGUGGCUUUUCACCGAUGUUUUUGCCGGGAUAGCGCCUCUAUAUAACUGCCCACUGAUCUGGUCGUCGUCUAUGGAAGCUCAUUGGAUAGUGCUGCAGCUGGUGCACGAGCCUUCGAACCCCUCGUUCAACCCUAAUAUCCUCGCUUCCACAAUUCCACCGUUCUCCUUCUUUGAGCGAUUUGUCAAUCUGUUCACCAUGGUUGCGUUUACGGCUGCAAAAUAUUUUUACAUACAGCCAAAUACGAUCACAAUAUACGAUGAAUUCUUUAAGCCCUUGUACGAAAAACGGGGUAGGCAGCUGCCUGCAUACGAGGAAGCAGUGUACAACGGUACCUUUAUGCUGACAAACUCCCACACUGCGUUGAGUCAGCCCAUCAGUUUACCGCCGAAUGUCAGAGAAAUUGGAGGAUAUCACAUCAAUCCUAACACUAAACCUCUUCCAGCAAAUCUUCAAAAAAUAAUGGAUGAGGCAAAGCACGGAGUAAUAUAUUUCAGUAUGGGAACUAAUGCCAAAAGCAAAGACUGGCCAGAAUCAUUAAAAAAAGAGUUCUUGGAAGUAUUUGGUGGAUUGAAGCAAACCGUGCUAUGGAAAUUCGAAGAACAAUUACCAAAUUUACCGAAAAAUGUUCAUAUUUUGGAUUGGGCGCCGCAACAAAGCAUUCUUGCCCACCCCAACAUCCGCCUCUUCAUCACCCACGGCGGCCUGCUGUCCACCACCGAGACCGUCUUCUUCGGGGUCCCCACGAUCGUCAUGCCAUACGGGGCUGACCAGCGCAUCAACGCGUUGAGAGCUGUCAACAAAGGAUAUGCGAAGUUGGUCGACCUGUCUUACGAAAUGGCUGCUGACGUGAAGGCUGCCAUAGAAGAAAUGCUAACUAAUCCUCAGUAUUCCGAGAAAGUCAAAGAACUUUCUCAGAUCUACCAUGACCGGCCGGUGUCGCCGGGCGCGGAGCUGGUGCACUGGGUGGAGCACGUGGUGCGCACGCGCGGCGCGCCGCAUCUGCGCUCCCCAGCGCUCAUGCUGCCCUGGUACCAGAAGAUGUAUUUAGAUCUAUUAGCAUUCAUUUUAAUAACUCUAUAUGUUAUUAAAGUAGUAGUGAAAUCAUUAUUUAGAAGAGUAUUCGGAAAAGUGCCUAUUAAUAAAAAGAAAACGAAUUGAUUAGGAUGCGAAGCAUUUGUUUGUAAAUAUAAAUUUAAAGUUUAUCAAAUAAAUAUUUUUAUUUAAUUGUUUAACCUGUCUGUAAUUGUUUUUGAAGAUAUUGAUAGAAACUUUAUAGUCUGUAGUACUUACUGCCCAUAGAAAAGACUGACAUACCCGUACAAAAACACCAGAUUCGAUAGUUGAUCGACAGUGAGUACUUUAUACAUGAACGAAUAGAGGAUAAUCUGGAACUGGAACCUUCUAGACUACUGUAGAAGAGAACACAUCUUUCAAGUAUGUUUCGGGAUGGUCUGGAAAAUGUUAACGACAGACCUUAUUUACAGGUAUCAGGGCCGCCCCGUAUGAACAGGUUGCGAACGA